AUGAACAUUUUUGGGGAUCGACAACUUGUUAGAAGGUCUGGGGUAGUUAAUCACGCUGAAGAAGCCCUCCAGAGUAAAGUGGUUGCAUUGUAUUUCUCGGCGGGAUGGUGUCCACCUUGCAAUCAGUUUACGCCAGUUUUGGCGGAAUUUUACAACGAGCUUAAGGAGAACGAACUACCCUUCGAGAUUGUUUUUGUUUCAUCCGAUAAAACGGCAUCAGAUAUGGAGACAUACAUGAAAAAAUGUCAUGGUGACUGGUUAUCUGUUCCAUUUGGUAGCGAAAUGAUUCAAGAGCUGAAGAAUCGUUACCAUGUCACAGCGAUUCCUAAGUUGAUUGUCGUGACAGAUGACGGAGAUGUCGUGACAGCGAUGGGAAGGAAAGAGGUAACUGAAAACGGACCCAAGUGUUUCACUCACUGGGCACACGCUAUCGCCAUAGCAAGAGGAGAAGUUGCUACAACUGUGACUAAAGCGAGUGGUCGCUUUACUGCCGGCUUUGAAUAA